AUGAGCAUCAAGGGAAUCAAGCUGGCGUUCGACGUGGCGCUCGAGGUCGACACGGUGUUCCUCUCGACCCAGGAUAACCAUGAUCUGUCGACGACCGGCACCAUGCCGCCGCUUGUAAAUCACAUUGUCGCGCCCAACAAGUACCCCAUGUUCCACGUUGACAAGCGCUGGCUGCCCGUCUCCAGUCUCGGGCGCGUCAAGCUCGGCUCCCUGUGGUCGACGGGCCUCCGCGGCGCGCCCCACAAGGGACACCCCAUCGUGUCCGUGGCAGUCCGUCUCGACAACCACCUGACGUACGCGUUCAAUCUCUGCGACCUCACCGAGCUCAACUGGAAGAAGUCGGGCCUCAAGAUUCCCGAGGACGACAGCAUGCUGGUGUCCUUUGGGCGCGAUUGCAUGAGGAUGGCGGGCGAGAACGCCGCGAUCAUGAUGUCCAAGAUCAAUGACGUCACGCUCGAGCUGGCGUUCCAAUCCCACCACACCCCCGAGGACUGGGAGGUCGAAAUCAUCAACCUCGGAGAGAACGCGCGCAUCAUUUCCGAGUGCACCUGUUAUAUCGAAUACGCGACAUAA